UUGUUUUCUGCUGCUCCAGAGAAGCGGACACGGAGCAAUAGAUUCAAACUACAAGAAAGAAGAUUCCAUAGGAUUUAGAUAGGAUUUUUUCUACUUACGAAUUUUUAGAUAGGGUUGCUUCGACUCAUGAAUUUUUUCUCCCAAUGCAUUCCUAUGGGAUUCGACUUACAAAUUUUUCCAACUUACAAAUGUGCGUUCGGAACGCAUUAAAUUUGUAAGUAGAGGUACCACUGUACCUGCAUGGUGGAGUAUGGGUUGAAUUGUUGCAUGAGCAAACUUCCCCCUACCUUCUCCAGAGUCUUCUCCUUCUCCCAAGUCCCAACCCUCCAGGCAAUAUUAUAGAAGCGAGGGGUGCAAGUCCCUCUGCAUGGGUGGAAUUCUGUUCUGCUAAGCAUGAAACUUGUGGGAUGCAGCUCUGCAUGUUGGUAUACCUUGUAUAAAAUCUAUGCAGAUGUACUAAUAGCCAUUAGUAAAUGCAUGUGUACUUACUCCUAUUUACAUAGCAUGGGCAGGGAGGGGAGGAACUUGGUGAAAAUGACUCUGGAUAUAGUGGGUUUCAUUUGCAGGCAACUUCAAGAGCUCAAUCAAAGGUUUACAUGGAAUCUACCCUAUAAAGUCCUGUUAUUUUUGCACCUCUAAAGAUCCCUGUUAUGCUACCUGGGAGUAACUAGGUUUUGCUUCACCUCCCAAGUUAAACUGCAUGAUUGACCAUGAAUGCUAGUGGCGCAGGAUAUCCGCUAGCCUCCCUCUAUGUGGGCGACUUGCACCCGGAUGUAACGGAAGCCAUGUUGUAUGAGAAAUUCUCGCCUGCUGGACCAAUUCUGUCCAUCAGAGUUUGCCGAGAUGUCUCCACACGCCGAUCAUUGGGUUAUGCGUACAUAAAUUUUCAACAGCCUGCUGAUGCUGAGCGGGCCUUGGAUACCAUGAAUUUUGAAGUGAUAAAAGGCCGACCCAUUCGCAUCAUGUGGUCCCAGCGGGACCCAGGACUCAGGAAAUCAGGCGUUGGGAACAUCUUCAUCAAGAACCUGGACGAUUCCAUUGAUAACAAAGCUUUGUACGAUACAUUCUCAGCCUUUGGAAAUAUCCUUUCUUGCAAGGUUGUUUGUGAUGAGAAUGGAUCCCGGGGUUAUGGCUUUGUCCAUUUUGAGACCCACGAGGCAGCAAACAGAGCAAUUAACACAAUGAAUGGAAUGCUCCUCAAUGACCGUAAGGUGUUUGUUGGCCAUUUUAAAUCUCGGCGAGAGCGGGAAGCAGAAUAUGGCGCCAAAGCAAUGGAAUUCACCAAUGUCUACAUCAAGAACUUUGGGGAUGACAUGCAUGAUGAGCGACUACAGGAAAUAUUCUCAAAAUUUGGAAAGACGCUGAGUGUCAAGGUGAUGAUGGAUAAUGCAGGCCAUUCGAAAGGGUUUGGGUUUGUCAACUUUGAGAAGCAUGAAGAUGCUCAGAAGGCUGUUGAAGAUAUGAAUGGGGCGGAGAUCAAUGGGCGAAUGGUAUAUGUUGGCAGAGCUCAGAAGAGGAUGGAACGUCAGAGUGAACUGAAGCGCAAAUUUGAGCAGAUCAAGCAGGAGAGAGUAAACAGAUACCAGGGUGUGAACUUGUAUGUAAAGAAUCUGGAUGAUGGGAUUGAUGAUGAACGGUUGAGGAAGGAAUUUGCUCCCUAUGGAACCAUCACUAGUGCCAAGGUGAUGACAGAGGGUGGACACAGCAAAGGUUUUGGGUUUGUAUGUUUUUCAUCCCCAGAAGAGGCUACAAAGGCUGUGACUGAAAUGAACGGGAGGAUUGUCAGCGCCAAGCCUUUGUAUGUUGCCCUUGCUCAAAGGAAAGAGGAGAGGAAAGCCAUUCUCACCAACCAAUACAUGCAGAGACUAGCUACCAUGAGGGCCUUGCCUGGUCCAAUCCUCUGCUCCUUCCCUCCGGCAGGUUAUUUCCUGCCCUCCCUUCCACAGCCUCAAACCAGAACCACUUUCUACAGUCCUAGCCCUGUUGCCCAAGUCCGCCCUGUCUCCCGUUGGAAUAUGCAGCCCUCCAGGCCUCCCUCAUCCUAUCACGCAGCCAGCCCAAUCCUGAGGACUAGUGCACCUCCCAGGCGCCCGCUGUCCAACAUCAGCACCAUGAGACAAGCGUCCACUCAGGCUCCCAGGGUAUCUCCCAAUGCCCAGAGAGUGGCCAACAUAGGAACCCAGACUAUCAGCACUCGGGCAUCCUCAACAGCCCUACCACGUGGCAUUUCCCAGUACAAGUACUCUUCAGCUGUGAGGAAUGCCCAGCCACUGGGCACCAUGGCAUCUCUGCCAAUGCAUCAGGUUGUAGAACCGGCUGUCCGUGUCCAUGGACAGGAGCCUCUGACAACAUCCAUGUUGGCUGCAGCCCCUCCCCAGGAGCAGAAGCAAAUGCUUGGUGAACGCCUCUACCCUCUGAUUCACUCAUUACACCCCUCCAUGGCUGGCAAGAUCACAGGAAUGCUGCUGGAGAUAGAUAACUCUGAGUUGCUGCUGAUGUUGGAGUCACCUGAAUCCCUCCACUCUAAGAUAGAGGAAGCUGUUGCUGUACUGCAAGUGCACCAAAUCUCUGAAGCAUCCCACAAGAGGAACUCGGCAGCAUUUCUUCAGUGACCAAGGUGGGCUGGUAAGGAGUGCACAGCGAUCAAGUGAGAAACUUGGUUUUGGCCAAAAUAUGUAAGAGGGAGGGAAGGAUAGCAGGCCCAAGCGUUUCAUUGGGGACCUGAUGCAAAGACAUGGUUCCAUGUUGAGAACUGCUAACACAGAAGGACCUAUUCAUACAAUGUCAUCUGCUUGGCAAGGUGAGGGACUAGUAGGGAAGUGUUGCAGCUGCAUGUGUGAAGCUGACACUUUCUGCUUCACUCCUUUUUAGGAUCCGAUUGGUACUGAUCAAACGACUACUUCUACUUUGCCUGUUGCUGCAACCGUCAUUUGUUUGUUGCUGCAAACGACUACUUCUACUUUGCCUGUUUGUGCAGCAGCCUUUAUUGUUACCAUAAAUUUGCUGCGUGUGGUUUGGAUCUCACUCAGAUUCAGUGCCCAGCCGUGGUCCCAAACUACUGUAGGCACAACUAGUGGAUUAUCAAUGGGAAAAUUGAGUUCCUCUUCCCAUUACAGUCAGGAUGGCUAUAUGAAACUUAUCUGUGCAUUCUAAUUUAGAGUUUCACCAUUUAACAUAUGCAUUUGCAGUCCCAAGGCACAGGUGGUUAAUAUAUAUUCUGUCCAACUAUUUAUUUUUUGGUGGUGGUGGUGGGUAUAUGUAUAUAAGUAUUCAUGCAAAAAUCUAGCCUCUUUUGUGCACUUAAGAGUCAUUGCAGCUUCUUUUCCCACUAACAUUGUACUCACACUUUAAAGUAUUUUCACUGGUGCUUUUCUAGCAUCUGCUGCUAUGGGAAGGAUAUAUUGUGAGAAUGAUGUGGAACAAAUUGGUUCCCACAUUGUGUUCAAUUUAUCGAAGCUGGUCAUUUUUAAGUAGCCUUAAGCUUCAACCACCACUGGGGCCUGUGGCACUAUUUUAUUUGUUUGCACUGCUGUUGACAUGAUGAAGUGAAGCUUCACUUCCUUUAUCAUCAUCAAGUCUUAGUGCCAUGUUAGACAGUGAACACUGACUCAAUAACUACUCUGCUCAGUUGCCUGGAUCCAUGGGCUGCCAAAAUUACUGGGCCAAACCAUUGCGAGCUCCUUUAUUUUAAAGAAAACCAACUGCUUCUCAUACUUGACACAUGUGGGAGGGGUUUUUUUGAAUUGCAUUUUUAAAUAACUCUUAUAGAGGUGUGAGAAUGGAUGCCUGUUCUCCUUAAAAACCACUUUUCUUCACUGUGUCAUGCACAUACCCUCUUUUCAACAGCCACGUGUGCAUUCUGUAGAAAUUGAAAUAUUUGUAUGUACUGUUACUUUUGAGCUGGGAAAGAAACUUUGACUUGUUUAACACAUGCCUUAUAAACUUCAUAUCCUGGUAGCACAUUGAUAUAUGACUCUUCUCCUUUAUAACUUCGAUCCAGUUAAAUUGUUCCAGGAGCCCACAGAGGGGGGUGUUCACAAGCAGGCACCUGCAGUUGGCCCUGCGCUGCAAA